GAACAAAAUAAUUCCCCUGAAGAAAAAAAAUUAUUUUCUUCAAACAAACAAGGCAAAAAUAAUUUCCUUUCUACUGAACAGUCAGCAAUCGAAAAAUCUAAUCGAAAUAUCUCACCACAGCAACAAAACCCCAUUUAUAUGUAUAUUUCGAAACCAAAUCCUGAAUUUGUUUUGAAAAAUACAAAUUUAAGCAUGGCGAGCUCCAUGGGAGCACCCAGAUGUGCUGCAGCGCUAUUAUCUUCUCACAAUGCACAUAAUUUAUGUCUUCCUCGUACAAAUACUUUGUUUUCAUCAUGGUGCAGUUUCAGGGCACUAGAAAAGAAAGGCACUUACUACAGUGGCCUUAAAAUCUGUAAACGGGAAAAUUAUUUUGGGCAAUGGCGCAGCGUGAGUAUCAGAGCGGAGGCAGAUAAUGGAGCGACGGAAAUUCGUAGAAAGGAGGGAUAUGAUUUUGAUUUGUUUACAAUUGGUGCGGGUAGUGGCGGCGUGAGGGCCUCCAGAUUCGCCUCUAAUUUUGGCGCUAGGGUUGCAAUUUGCGAGCUGCCAUUUUCUACAAUUUCUUCUGAUGAGUUUGGUGGCGUUGGUGGCACGUGUGUGCUUCGUGGUUGUGUUCCCAAAAAAUUGCUUGUAUAUGCAUCCAAGUUUUCUCACGAACAUGAAGACAGUGGAGGAUUUGGUUGGUCUUAUGAAUGUGAGCCCAAGCAUGAUUGGACCACUCUGAUAUCUAAUAAGAAUGCAGAGCUUAGGCGGUUGACUGGGGUGUAUAAAAAUGCCUUGAACAAUGCUGGUGUAACUCUAAUAGAAGGUCGUGGGAAGAUUGUUGAUCCACAUACAGUGGAAGUGGGUGGUAAAUUAUACUCUGCAAAGCACAUACUUGUUUCAGUGGGCGGACGUCCCUUUAUUCCUGACAUUCCUGGAAAAGAAUUUGCUAUUAAUUCUGAUAUGGCUCUAGAUUUACCUUCACGCCCAGACAAAAUUGCUAUCAUAGGAGGUGGUUACAUUGCCUUGGAAUUUGCAAGUAUCUUCAAUGGGUUACACAGUAAUGUUCAUGUUUUCAUCCGCCAGAAGAAGGUUUUGAGAGGCUUCGAUGAGGAGAUUAGAGAUUUUGUAGCAGAGCAAAUGGCACUGAGAGGGGUUGAGUUUCAUUUUGAAGAAUCUCCAGAAGCUAUAGAAAAAGCAUCAGAUGGGUUACUUACCCUGAAGACUACUAAACAAGUUGCUGAAGGUUUUUCACAUGUCAUGUUUGCAACUGGUCGAGUUCCAAAUACUAAGAAUUUGGGGUUAGAAGAGGUUGGAGUAAAACUGGCCAAGAAUGGUGCCAUUGAGGUAGAUGAAUGCUCUAGGUCAUCUGUUGAAUCAAUCUGGGCUGUUGGUGACGCGACUGACAGGGUAAAUUUGACUCCAGUUGCCAUAAUGGAAGGAGGGGCAUUUGCUAAAUCUGUAUUUGGUAAUGAACCUGCAAAACCGGACUACAGAUACAUACCUUCUGCGGUGUUUACUCAACCUCCAAUUGCAACAGUUGGCCUCAAUGAAGAACAGGCAGUUGAACAAUAUGGUGACAUUGAUGUUUACACAACUGGCUUUCGACCCAUGAAAGCAACAUUAUCAGGACUUCCUGAUCGAAUUUUCAUGAAAAUAAUUGUGUGUUCAGCAACAGACAAGGUCAUAGGAGUUCACAUGUGUGGGGACGACACUGCUGAGAUUUUACAGGGUGUUGCAAUAGCUGUGAAAGCUGGCUUAAGAAAAGCAGAUUUUGAUGCCACAGUAGGAAUUCAUCCUACAGCAGCAGAAGAAUUGGUAACCAUGCGAAGUCCUACUCGAAGAAUUCGUCAAAGUGAUAUUCAUGCUGAGGUAGGUGGUAUGGCCAAAGCUUCAACAUGAAGGAGCUAUGUUGGGAGUUGUUAUUAAACACUGGGGAGUUAACAAAACUGUUGGCAUACGAAUUUCUAUAUCUGACCCAUAUUAUUGAAAAUUACUGCUUUGUCUGUAUCUACUUCACCAUUGGAAAGCCCCUCCCUUCGUGGUGUUUUCCUUUCAAACAUGCAAUUAUGUAUUGAUCUGAAGUUCUUCAAGAGCCAGGUUGAAAUUACGACGUAAUCUACUGUUGGGCAUCAAUGCUAUCUCCUUACAAUAAUGUCAAAAAUCCACUCUUGGAAGUUCGGGCUCUAGUAUUUAGGUACAAAAUAAGAAUCAAUGGCUUUGUCUAGUACUUAGGUAUGGUUGUGAUUUCAUUUCUGACAAUACGACCAAGCUAGUUACAUAUUAUGCUGUCAUCUAACUAGAUGACAAAAUCACACUUGUUUGCCAAUCAUUUGAUCACAGCAGUUUGAAGGAUGGUCGUUGAAUAAGCUGCUGUUCUUUAUCCCUUUGUAAAUCAUGUUUGUAGGCAAUAGUGAAGAAUUUUUGUUAAAGACAGAACCCUGAAUGAAGGCAAUUUUGGUUACAAACAGGGAAAUUAAAUCACAACAUAGAGAUUGAGUGGUAGAGCAAAUAUUAAAAUCAGGAGGAAGAUUAAUUAUUUGGACUAUUUGCAUGUGCAUGUGCUGGUGAGUAUUACCAGUAAGACAUGUAUCUGUUGUAAUUUGAUAUCUUGAUGAAAAGUUAGAAAAUUGCAUUA